AUGUCACACCAAAAACCCACCGCAUGGCCUCUGGCAGACGCUGCCUUGACACAAAAACUCCUGAAUUUGCUUCAACAAGCGAUGCAUUACGACCAGGUCAAGAAAGGUGCAAAUGAAGUCAUGAAGUCUCUAACCCGAGGCAUCUCGGAGAUCGUCGUUCUCGCGGCUGACACCGUUCCUCUCGCAAUAUUAAUGAAUAUUCCGGCGCUACGUGAAAGCAAAAACGUCCUAUAUGUGUUUGUACCUAGCAAGCAGGCGAUGGGUCGAGCGUGCGGUAUUAGUCGGCCAAUCAGCGCGAUCACUAUGAACUCGAACGAUGCCAGUGAGCUGGCUCACAUCAUUGAGCAGACUAAGAACAAGGUGGAGCGACUUUCAAUCUAA